CGGGAACUGCGGAUGCGAAAGAAAUCAACAAGUCUCAUUACCUCUCAAGGUGAUCAUCUUCAUGUUCUGCUGAAAGCUGGCAACUUCGCUACGGCCAGAUUUCCGCAAGUCGAUCACAGGAACCGCACCUUCGACUAGCCGCGAAGUUCGAGAUACUCAACGACCUGAAGACCAUAUCCAACAAUUAUAAGAUGGGACAAGAUGAUGGACCCGAGUUCAAGAAGCUUGGCAUGUGUGGCACGGGCAGCAUGGGCGGGAUGAUGUCUCUCCUAUACGCUGAGCACGGUGUCGAGGUAUUCUACUAUGAUCCAAGCACGUUUUCCCUUGUUCAAAUCGUCGGCCCAAGGCUAAUCAUAUAGCAUUAGACGGAGAUAAUGUCAAGAAACUCGAGCAAGAAGCAAUUGAUACUGGCCUCGAUAAACAUAUCCACGCUCAAAAAGACUACCAGGAGAUGUGCCACAGCUUGAAGUCUGGUCAGGAUCCCAAGCUUUUCGUCUUCAGUAUACCUCAUGGCGGAGCAGGUGACGCGGUACUGAAAGACCUCCGACCGCACUUAGAACGGGGCGACAUCAUUCUUGACUGCUCGAACGAGUACUGGAAGUUCACAGAGCGACGACAGCGAGAAUUAGAGCCUCAUGGCAUUCACUACAUCGGCUGCGGUGUGAGCGGUGGCUAUCAGAGCGCACGCCACGGGCCGUCAUUGUCUCCAGGCGGUAAUGCCGAAGUCCUGAAGAAAGUCAUACCGUUUCUACAACGUGUGGCGGCAAAGGAUAAGCAAGGCCGUGCAUGUACCACCCCCAUUGGACCCCGAGGCAGUGGCCACUAUGUCAAGAUGAUCCAUAACGGCAUCGAGCAGGGCAUGAUGUCGGCCAUCGCAGAAGUUUGGUUUAUCAUGAACAAGUGUCUCCACAUGAAAUACGAGGAGAUUGCUGAUGUCUUUGAGUCAUGGAACAAAGAUGGCCCUUUGCGGGACAAUUUCCUUGUCUCGAUUGGCGCCGAUAUCAGUCGCACGAAGAAAGAUGACGGUACUUUUGUCCUCUCCGAGGUACUCGACAAAGUCGUCCAAGAUGCCGACGGAUCGGAAGGCACAGGAAUCUGGACAAACGAAGAAGCCAUACGACUCCAUGUGCCCACUCCAACCAUUACCACCGCACACCUGUUCCGUUGUGCAUCUGCCGAUGCCGCCAGUCGCCUCGCCGUCAACAAAACAUUUGGUGGCGGCGUCGCCGGUCCUAGCUCGAUCGAGCUCCGAUCGUCUCUACCCGCCUUCAUCGAAGACCUCAAACUUGCCCUCUACGCAGCAUUGUUGUGCUCGUUCAUCCAAGGUCUGCAUGUCCUCAAGAAGAUGGAUCGCCAGGAAGACUGGCACCUCAACUACCGGAAGAUCCUGCAGAUCUGGCGUGGCGGCUGUAUCAUCCAGUCCGACCACAUCUCUGACGUGCUGGAUAGCGUGCACACACGUGAAGAUCACGACGGUGAGAACCUGCUCGCCAAUCGCGAGAUCGUGGAGGAGUUGACCAAGUCUCUACCCUCGCUCAAAAAGGUCGUGCUCAAGAGUGUCGAGGUCGAUACCUACGUGCCCUCCUUGAGUGCGACGCUGGAGUAUUGCAAGUACUCUAGCUCGACGAUGCUGCCUACACAGUUCAUGGAGGCCGAACUCGAUUACUUUGGCGAGCAUAAUUACGAGACAUGGGACGAGGGGCCCGGAAAACCGGUCAAGGGUCCACAUCACUUUGAGUGGAAGAGGGCGACUGGGCUUGUCGAUGAGAAGAAAGGACAGUAAAGGGUGAUUUACCAUCUCGAGGUUAGAGACGUUUCAUAGAUACAUGUUACAUUGCAUAGAUCUUAGUCUAGAUAAUCUUCGUACUCAACAUGGCACAAUCUAGUCUGUCGAAUGACGGCAACCCUAUA